CUCCAGAUGGUCAUAAGCAGGCAGACUCCAGCCUACACACACACACACACACACACAACUUUCACACACAGCUAAACUUUUAAGUUCUGUUGUUCACAGACUGUCCAGCCAUUAGCCUUUCCAAAUCCGAUUUAUUUCAACAACAAGUAUUUUCCAACUAAAUCUACACACUUCGAAGGAACGCAGAGUGUUGGAUUUGCUUGUUUUUUAGAAAUGUCACUUACCAUAAGAGGAUGCAGCUGUUUUUCCAGACCAGCGUCUCUUAAGGAGAGCAUCUAGAAGAAGCUGACAAGGAGUUGAGAGAGCAUGUAGAUUGUUUUUUUGUUUAAAUAAUUUUUUCAAUGCAUUGCUGCUGUCCUGCUGAGGAUGUCUAUCAUGUUUGGGAAAGCAAGAACAUGCAACAUUGUUCCUGAACAUGAACCUGCGGAGUGCAAUAUUGUGGUCUUGGGAGCAGUGGGCUCAGGCAAAUCAGCUCUCACUGUGAAGUUCCUCACGAAGCGUUUUAUUAGUGAAUACGACCCGAACCUCGAGGAUACUUAUUCUUCAGAGGAAAUGGUGGACCAGCAACCAGUUCUGGUCAAAGUGAUGGACACAGCAGACCAGGAUGGACCAGUAAACUGUGAACGCUACUUAGCCUGGGCCAGUGCAUUUCUCAUCGUCUACAGCAUCGACAACAGACUCAGUUUCGAAGUGUGUCAGCAGUACAUAGAGGCUGUGACACUGUACACCAAAGGCCUGCAGCCUGAGGCUCCCAUCAUUUUAGUGGGCAACAAAGUGGACAUGGAGAGAUACAGACAAGUGGACAAGGCGGAUGGUGCGACCCUAGCUGCCCGUUUCGGCUGUCUGUUUUUUGAGGUGUCUGCUUGCCUGGACUUUGUGUCUGUACAAAACGUCUUUCAUGAAGCAGUCCGGGAGGUGAGGCGUGAGGCAGAGAGGAGUCUUUCACUCCGGUCUCUUUACAUCAGUGAGGACAAAGCAGCAAUCAGCCUUGCCUCUGCCUCGCUCCUGACACCAUGCUUCAAGGAGCUGCCCACUCCGGCUACAGCCAAGCUGGUGACUGUGAAGUCUUCAAAGGCCCAGAUUAAGCGCAGAGCACCCACCCUCACCCUCCUUAAAGGCUUCAAGAUCUUUUGACUCAACACUGCCUCCUUAUGUUGCUGGGAGAUACAGUCAGACUGGAAGGUACCUUUUGGACUUCGGCCUGCUGAUAAGGUGCCAUGUAUAACUUAGGAGCACAAACCUUUCGGUCACAUGUAGAGUGAGACUAUGAAAUCAAUAUUAUUGAACUACACUCGUGUCAUUUCUAAAAAAAAUUGGUUUGUUUAUCUGUUUACUCUUUAUACACGGUAUGAUGAUUGUAUUAGUUUAGUAACACUGCUUUUUAUCAGCACAUACUACAUACUUUAGAGUGAGAAAGAACUUACAUGUGCUAAAUGCAAUCUUUUAAAUAAUAAAAAAAAAAACAAUGAUACAAUCAAAGUGCUUGAAAUAAAAAAAAAAAACAAA